GCAUCUAAUCUCAAUCCGAAGCUGGUACGUGGCCAUGUGGGCACAGAACUCGUAAUUUAUUGAAGUUAGUAUGCAUUUUGUGACCGUUCAGAAGUCUAUGGGAACCACUGCGCCAUUCUUCUAUCGUUUGUGAAAAUGGAGGAUGCCAUAGUUCUAUACCCUUCUCCAGGCAGGGGCCAUCUGAUCUCCAUGGUAGAGCUUGGCAAGCUCAUACUCAAAAAUCAUCCAUCUUUCUCCAUCAAAAUCCUCAUCUUAAGCGAACCAAACACAAAUACUAACUCUACUGCACCAAAUUAUGUAGCCAGCUCUACCACCAAAUACAUCACCACCGUCAAUUCCACCACCCCAUCUAUCACCUUCCACCACCUUCCACCUAUCUCAGAAGUCCCACCCAGUACUUCUUCCUUAGUAGAACUCAGCUACUUAAUCCCACGAUUCAACAACCAAAAUCUCCACCAAAUCCUCAAAACUAUUUCCCAAACGUCCAAACUCAAAGCCUUUAUCAUUGAUUUCUUCUGUGAUGCUGCUUUUGAAGUGGCCACAAACCUUGACAUCCCCACUUACUAUUUCUUCACCAGCGGCGCAAGUUUCCUAGCCGCAUUACUAUACCGCCCCACUUUGCAUAAGAAAGUGGAUAAAAGCUUGAAAGAUCUCGGUAAUACGCUUCUUGAUAUUCCUGGCUUACCGCCUAUCCAGGCUUCAGACUUGCCCGAACCUUGGAAAGAUCGUACUUAUAAAGAGUACCACUAUUCUUUAAACGCGUCAAACCACAUGGCCAAAUCAAAUGGACUUCUUGUAAACACGUUUGACUUGCUCGAAACAAAAGCUAUCAAGGCUAUCUCGGGUGGACUAUGUGUCCCACAUAGACCAACUCCACCAAUUUUCUGUAUUGGACCAUUGAUAUCAAACAGCAAUCAAGAUGUAGAAGAUCACGAGUGUUUGAAUUGGCUAAACUCGCAACCGAGUCGAAGCGUUGUGUUUUUAUGUUUUGGAAGCUUGGGAUUGUUUUCAGCUAAGCAGUUGAAAGAAAUAGCGGUGGGGUUAGAAAAUAGUGGUCAAAGGUUCUUGUGGGUGCUAAGAAAUCCACCACCAGAUAAUGAAAAAGAUCCGAACUUGGAUGAAUUAUUGCCGAAGGGUUUCUUGGAAAGGACCAAGGAGAAGGGUUUUGUGGUUAAAAAAUGGGCUCCACAGGUGGCAGUGUUGAGACAUGACUCAGUGGGUGGGUUCGUGACUCACUGUGGGUGGAACUCAGUGCUUGAAGCAGUGUGGUGUGGAGUGCCAAUGGUUGGUUGGCCAUUGUAUGCGGAGCAAAGGUUGAAUAGGGUGGUUUUGGUGGAGGAAGUCAAGUUAGCUUUGGGGUUAAACGAGUCAGAGGAUGGGUUAGUGAGUGCAGCUGAGUUAGAGAAGCGAGUGAAGGAGUUAAUGGACUCGGAAGUGGGAACAGAGGUGAGAGAAAGAGUUUCGGGUUUGAGAGAUGAAGCUGUGACUGCUGUGAAAGAGGGUGGUUCCUCUCAUGUUGCAUUGGCAAAGUUGGCUGAGUUGUGGAGGCAAAACUAACAUGAGUUCCCUCAGCUAAUAAGUCGGUGAGCCAUUCCAUUGUUCUUAAUUUGACUUCCUUCUUCGCUACUGUUUCCAUUUUUUUUUUUUUUUUCCUGAUGAGUACUGUUUCCAAUUUCCAUUGUUGAAUUUUAUUUAGCUAUAUUGGUGCAUCAUAAUUCACAGUACAGUCAGAACAUGAUCAAAUAGCUGGCUGUACGUCCGUGUUUAUUCAUCAUAAAAUGGGUAUGAUUUAGUAUUUAAGGGCACAUUAUACAUGUAUACCACUCCUUAUAUAUUCUUAAAACAUGAAGUAUGUUAUGCAA